UGAAGGUCGUCUGGGCGUGGAUGAGAAGGCGCUAGUUCAAGAACGAGUGGCUGGUGAUCAUCAUCAGUCUGUCCCAUUUCUCCGUGUAGCUUCUGGUGUCACUCUUAUACCGUGAAUACUAUUAUUGGUAAAAUGUUAUGAUCAUUAUCAGUGUACUGCUUCCCAUAUAUAGUUUGCAAUAGUGUGCUCUAUCUUAAUCGUCUGUAUUGUCGAUUACAAUUAUGUCUGAUUUAAGAUUAAAGUCUGCUUCCGAUAGUUUUGCUGAUGCACACGCCUUGCACGUUGUUGAUACCAGUAGAGCUAAAGAUGGAGUUUGGUUAGUCAAAGUUCCAAAAUAUCUAGCUGAACUUUGGCAUAAUGCCGGCCCUGAUGGUGUAGUUGGGAAAGUUGUUAUUGCAAGUUCAAGUACUGCAUCUCAGAAUGUUAACAAAGGUCCUGGAUCUCAGGUUACUCUUGUUACGGAUUCAGAACUGUUGAAACAAGUCGGUGAAUCGGGAAAUCUGAUACCGAAGGAACACCAAUUUCUUAUUCAAACCUCGUCAUCUAGUGCUUCAUCUGGCGCCACUCGUCCUGGUCAAAGCACUUCAAGUAGUGUUAAUCAAAAGCGUCCGGGAGCUAUAUCUGGGCAGGAACUUAUAAUUUUAUGCGAAGAUGAUCUUACGUGCUCACAAACUAGCUCAUCUUCUGCUGGAAGCACAUAUAUAGACCCUAUCUUCAGUAAGCUUGUGUCUUCUCCUUUCUCAAAUAAACCGAAUGCUCGUUACUCUCGAAGAUUAUCUUUGUUUGGACGUGUAAAUAGUCGAGCUGAGUGUCGACCACCACCUAAUACAAGAUACAUGAUGCUCAAAGCCCAGCAGCUAAAAGCCAAAAAUCGACCACGACAUGAAAUCCACUUACUAUACGAACCAGUACGAAACUACAAACCAGUUUCAAAUCACGUCAAUAACGUAAGUAUGUUUUUUUUGUAACUGAGUUCCUAUGUGCGUUUUCGAAUCACUAAAUAUUCCUAUUGAUGCAAUUAAAGCAAGACGUAUAAUCGGACAACAUUCUUUUCAAUUAGAUCCUCCUUAGGAGUUACUCUAAUGUACCUACCUCUAUGUAUAAAAAGCUCUAAACAAUGACGGUGAAUUUGUAGAUCAAAAAUAAUGUGUUAAAUGUAAUUAUGUCAGUAAUAACGAUUUUAAUGACAUCAAUCAUAAGGUAAAAUAAAGGACAAAAAUACACUGAAAAACUCUACUCUGUCUCAAUUGAGUGACUGGUGACUAAGUGGACAGAAGAAGCUCAUUCAGCGUUAUUUACUGCAUUCCUUUAGACGGAAUUUGAACUCGUCUUUUACAUAACUGAGUUCAGGAGAACAGUUUUAGUCUUUGUAUACAAAAGAAGUUUAUUCUACCCUUGAUUUAGUUAAAUCUAAUGAACUAAUUGAAACUUCUCAUUUAUUCUUAUUCUUUAUUUGCGUUUGUUUAUGAUAUUUAAUUCGAUCCCGAUCAUCUAUCCUUUACUUCUUUGGUAUUACACAAUUUCUGAUUUUAUAUAAUUUUGACCUAAUUUAAUUAUUGAAGUGUUAACAGUAGCAUAUUGUCUUCAUUGUUCAUACCGCCACCUGUGUCAACCGUUUUUGUUGUCGUUGACAUUGUUGCUGUAAUUAUUAUCGUUGUUACUGACAUUUACAGCCUUUGACAUGUACUGGAGGCAAGGUCUAUUUGUUCCCGCUCUUUGCAGUUCGUUCUUAAACAGAUCACAUUUGCAUGUCGUUGAACUUAAAGACUGUAAAUGUCAUUUUCCACCUGCAUUCACAGAAGAAUCAUUUGCUCUGUUUAAUUGUGAACAUUGUUUCUUGUGCAUAUUUUUAAACAAAUCUUAAUUGUAGGCUACUUGUACAUUAUUUCCCAUAUUUAUGUUGCCAUACUUCUCGAAACGAAUAAAAAAUUGAUGGAUAUAAUUCGCAAAUCUGUUUAAAAACUUACGUUCACUCCUACCUAUUGAGAAUCUCUACCACAUAAAUACAAUUCCACUCCACUAACCUAAUUGUAUCUUUAUCACUACACUAUUGGAACAUCCAACUAGCCAAUAAGCGUGGACAAAGAUCAGUGACCAAGCUACAUUUUGUGUUAUCAGUGGUAAUAUUUAUACGACUAUUAUAAGAAUUGUAUUCAUAAAAUAUGGUUUUCAAUAAAUUAAUAAAUAAAAAGUGGUGUAUGACUUUUCAGAUCGAAUAUGAGCUGAAGAAAAAG